ACCGCUCGCCGAAAUAAUGACGUCAUUCGCGUGCGACUUAGCCAAUCAUUUGCGAUGAGCUGUCAUGGCGGCUGUUAGCGCGGAGGUGUGAGUGUAGUGACCGGAGGUUUGAUGGUCAACUUAGACUUUUUCUUCUUAGACUUGAGAAAUGAAACUGGUUAACCUUAAGCAGGCCAUUCUACAGGCCUGGAAGGAGAGGUGGAGCGAUUACCAAUGGGCUAUCAACAUGAAGAGGUUCUUUCCGAAAGGAGUCACAUGGGACAUCUUGAACUUGGCAGAAGCACUUUUGGAUCAGGCCAUGAUUGGACCAGCACCGAACCCUCUUAUCCUCUCCUAUCUCAAAUAUGCAAUUAACUCUCAGAUGGUGUCUUACUCUACAGUCCUGAUGGCUAUCAGCAAGUUUGAUGACUUCUCAAGAGAUCUCUGCAUCCAGUCCCUAUUAGAAGUCAUGGACAUGUUCUGUGAUAAUCUGAGCUGUCAUGGAAAAGCAGAAGAAUGCAUCAGCCUAUGUCGGGCCCUAAUGAGUGUUACAAACUGGCUCCUGCGAUGCUCCACCUUCUAUGCUGAGAAGCUAAGGGAGGUUUUAGAUCCAGUGACUGGGGAAUGUCAACUGUCAAUGUGCCUGAAGAGGCUCGAGUCCAUCCUUUCCAGUACCAAGAAUCGUGCACUUGUCCAUAUUGCCAAGCUUGAGGAACCAACCUCCUGGGCAGCCGUCGAACAGUCAUUGCUACGACUUGCUGAAUGCAUAAAUCUCCUUCCCAGUGUUCAGCUGAGGAACCUUGCAGAAGAUUGUGUCUCACUAAUCAGGAGCAUUCCAUCCUUGCUGUCCGCUCACUGUGACCAGCUACACAGGACUGGCUUCCCAACGGUACAUGCUGUCGUUAUGUUAGAAGGCGCAAUGAACCUGACAGGGGAGGCACAGCCAUUGGUGGAACAGCUGAACACUGUGAAGAGGAUGCAGCGCAUCCCAUCUCACCUCUUCCUGCUGGAGAUCUGGAAAGCAUGUGUUGUGGGGUUAAUAGAGUCCCCUGCCGGAACCGAUGAGCUGAAGUGGACUGCAUUCACUUUCCUUAAGAUCCCACAAGUGCUUUCAAAAUUAAAGAAAUUCUGGCAAGUGGAUCAGGAUUUCAGCGAAGAUAUGAACACGGCUUUUGAGUAUUUACUCAAACUUACCCCGCUACUAGACAAAGCUGACCAGAGAUGCAACUGUGACUGUGUCAGUCUGUUACUACAGGAAUGUAACAAGCUGGGUUUGCUGUCUGAUCUUCACUUGGAAAAUCUUGUAGCUAAAAGGUCUGCUGACCGAGAACACGCUCCACGCUCAUCUGAAAGUUCCGCCAUCCAACCUAAUCCAGGACUCAUACUCCGUGCAGAGCCCACUGUCACCAACAUCCUGAAGACUAUGGAUGCAGAUCAUUCAAAGUCUCCGGAGGGUCUUUUGGGAGUCUUGGGCCAUAUGUUGACUGGGAAGAGUCUGGAUCUGCUAUUGGCCGCUGCAGCUGCUACCGGGAAAUUGAAAUCUUUUGCCCGCAAAUUUAUCCAGUUAAAUGAAUUCACCCGACAUAUCGGUGCUGAAAGCUCAAAGGCUGCAUCAACCCGUGCUCUGCUUUUCGAUAUCUCUUUCCUGAUGCUCUGUCAUGUGGCACAGACUUAUGGCUCAGAGAUGAUCCUGUCAGAUGGGAGUGCUGGAUCAGAGACUCCAUUCUUUGAGAGCUGGAUGCAAACGUGCAUGCCAGGAGAGGGCAAGGUCCUAAACCCAGAGCAUCCCUGCUUCCGCCACCCUGAUAUCCCAAAAGUGGAAGCCUUGGUUACUCUUCUGAAUACAUCUACAGAGAUGAAACUGGUUCAGACAAAGUGGCAUGAAGUUUGUCUAAGUAUUCCUGCUGCAAUCUUAGAGGUUCAUAAUGCCUGGGAGAAUGGAGUUCUUUCUUUUGAAGCCAUUCAGAAAAUUACAGACAAUAUAAAAGGGAAGGUGUGCAGCCUGGCAGUGUGUGCUGUAGCCUGGCUUGUGGCUCAUGUUCGGAUGUUGGGUCUAGAUGAGAGGGAUAAGUCUUUGCAGAUGAUCCGGCAAUUGGGGACAUCCAUGUAUGGAGACAACAUAUUGCAGUUCUACAAUGAGCGAGUGAUCAUCAUGAGUUCCAUACUGGAGAAUAUGUGCUCUGAAGUCCUGCAGCAGACGGCCACUCAGAUAAAAUUUUCAGUGACCGGCAGUGAGCCUGUGCCAUAUGUUCACCGGCUACCCCCCAAAAAGCCUAUUAAAGAGGUCUUACAUGGAGCCUUCAGCACCACAUUAGAAAAUGGCUGGGUGGACAUCAGAUCACUCCACAUCUUUGACACACUACUUCACAUGGGAGGAGUCUACUGGUUCUGCAACAACUUGGUGAAGGAGCUGUUGAGAGAAACUCGGAUGGAAUUUGCGGUGCGGGCAGUAGAACUGCUGUAUGCUAUCUUCUGCUUGGACAUGCAGCAGCUCACACUCACUCUCCUAGGACAUGUUCUACCUUCUCUUUUGACAGAUUCUGCCAAAUGGCACACAUUGAUGGACCCACCAGGCCGGGCUCUGGCAAAGCUGUCUGUCUGGUGUGCGAUGACUUCUUACUCCAUCCACAACAAAGGACAACCUUCUCCCCGACAACGGAAAAGACAUAGGGAAGACAUUGAGGAUUACAGCAGCCUUUUUCCUCUGGAUGACACACAGCAAUCCAAACUGAUGCGUCUUCUCAGCUCCAAUGAGGAGGAACAUGUUUCUGUGCAAGCUAACCCCACAGAUCGUCCCAUGAACAGCUCGCUCUCUGCCUCACAAAUCCACAACAUCAGCUCCAAAGAGCCACUAAACAGAGUGCUAGCCAACCUUUUCUUGUUGAUCUCAUCCAUCCUCGGCGCCCGGACGGCAGGUGCCCACACUCAGUUUGUGCAGUGGUUUAUGGAGGAAUGUGUGGAGAGCUUGGAGCAGGGAGGGAAAGGAGGGAUCUUGCAGUUUAUGCCCUUCAGCAUGGUUUCUGAGUUGGUUAAAGUCUCCACCCUGUCUAGCCCUAAAAUUGUCUUGGCUAUCACAGACCUGACCCUCCCACUUGGGAGAAGAGUGGCUGCCAAGGCUUUGACUGCUCUAUGAUGAUCUAUUCUAUGAACAUUUCUCUCUGCAGUAUGGUUUGCUGUUUGCCUGAAACCAACUUGACCGAUUUCCUAAUCUUGCCAAGACUUCUGCAAACAAAAGUCCAUCCAUUUUUCUAUCCAUUGUACCUUUUGCUGCUAAAGUGUCACCCUGUGUCAAACUUCUUGCUAAUGUUCUACUUUAGGACUUAAACGUAAAAUCUACAAUCUUUACCCAGUAAAAGAUGCCUUAAAAUUCCUAAUUGAGUUAAAUAUGCCCGUAUUAAGUGAAGAGGGCCACAAACAUGGUGAUAACAGUAGUAGAACCGAUAUUGCAGCAGUUAUUGCCCAAAACAUACCUUGAUGCCCAAUAAUGUGAUUUUGUUAUACAAGUAAACAGGUCAUCAUCUCUGAUAAUCACUUUAAUGGUCAGGGGUAAAUUUUAAUAGUAUAUUAAUACAUUGUACGGCCAAAUCGUAGAAGAACCCUAAGCCUUAAGUAUUCUACAAGAUAAUUCCCAUAUCUUUGUGUGUGUGUGCGCAUAUAUAUAUAUUGGUUUUAUUUUUUAAUCCAUCAACUUUACCCAGAGAAGGUGGCCAUUUUGUUCACUGAACCAAAAUUGAUCAGUACUGCAGUUUUUAAAUUCACGUGGAUCUACAGUAAUGAAUUGAUGUAUUCUCUUGAACGAAUAGGGUCAACUCCACCAACAAGGUUGCCAGUGUGCCUAAAACCUUACUGCUGGCAUUUAACUAUUAAGUAUAUUUUCUGUUAAUGGCAAUGGAUGCACAUCCUAACUUGAGUUGAGUAGUUGCGAAUUCAAUAUUAUUUUAUGCACCCCUGAGCUAAAACACGUAACUGUCUGACUCAUAUCGGUCAACUAAGUUUUUAACAAGUGAAUGUUUUUGAAUAACAGCUGGUUGUGCUGAUAUAUGUCUCAUUCAAUUAACUGCUCCCGACUAUAGUGGCUGUCAUAUAUCCCAGGGAAGAGGGGUUCUCUAGCAGGGGGCAAACAUUUGUAGGGUCUUAUGUUAGUAUUAUACUAUAUUGUAUAAUUUAUUUUAGAAAAUUAAAGUUUUUCUUACAAGUGUGCUUUUGAUACAGGUUUGUCUAAGACUAUGGGGGUAAUCAAUUAGCAACUAAAUUGUGUCAAUUUACCGCAGUUGCCGUUUUCACCAUUUUUGCACCCAAAAGUCAGUUUUCGCGGAUCUGUGCGCUCCCGCAUUUCGCCCUAUUUAUCGGCAAAUUAUCUAAAACGGGAUUGCCGCAAAAAUUGGCGUCGAAAGUGAAAAAUGGGUAAAUCUGUCCGUACCUCCCAAAAAAGUGAAACUAACAUCGAUAACAGUAUAAAAGUUUAAUAUUGAUUAUAAUAAAGGUAUUUCUGGUACUUAAA